AGAGAGAGUAACGCAGUGAUUAAAGGGGCGAUAAAUGAAUGAGAACCGACCCGCCUUCCCUUGUUUCUCUCACUAUUGACUCUGCCCUUGUCAAUAUUUCCUCUUAUUCUGAUCUCUCUUUCUUGCCUGAACACAUUCUUCAUGACCUUUUUCUGGUAACCCCACUUUACACUUGUUUGUUUUUAUGAGUUUUUUUUUCUACACUCAAUCUGAUAGGACAUUGAGAGCUGGCAAGCUAAAUGAAAAGAUUUUGAAGGUGUUUAUUGCAACUGGAAAAGAAGAAAUCCUCUCACUAAUUGCUUCAUUUAACAUCCGUUGUGUUGUUACUCCUGUGCUUCCUACUAGAUGCUCUGAGAAAUUCUGAUAUUGUUUAGUAGCAAGCAAUUAUUGCAAAAGAUUCUUGCCAUUUCUCAAGACAACAAAGCCUGUUCUUGCUUUUGUUCAUUGCUAGCCUUAAAAAAUGUCUCAAUUCAGCGUCAAAGAUGAUGAGGUAGAUAUUGUGAUUGCUGCAAUUGAACCAGAUCUUACUUCGUUUCUGGAAGAAUGGAGAGCAGUAUUCUCCCGAUUUCACCUGAUAAUUAUCAAAGAUCCUGACCUCAAAGAAGAACUUAAAAUUCCCGGUGGAUUUAAUUAUGAUACCUAUACAAAAGCUGAUAUUCAACGAAUUAUUGGACCUUUGAAUGCUGUAACUUUCUCUGGUUACUCAUGCCGAUAUUUUGGCUAUCUCUUGUCAAAGAAGAAAUAUAUCAUCUCAUUAGAUGCUGACUGCAUUCCAGCUAAGAAUAAUGAGGGUAUCCAAGUCGAUGCCAUCGCCCAGCAUAUCAAUAACCUCGCAAAUCCUGCCACCCCAUUUUUCUUUAAUACCCUCUACGAUCCUUACUGUAAAGGAGCUGAUUUUGUUCGCGGCUACCCAUUUAGCUUGCGAAGUGGUGUCUCGUGUGCUCUGUCAUGUGGACUGUGGCUUAAUUUAGCAGAUCUUGAUGCACCUACACAAGCCCUCAAGCCGGCGCUGAGGAACACUCGAUAUGUUGAUGCUGUCCUCACUGUACCAGCUAGGUCCCUGAUGCCUCUCAGUGGAAUCAAUAUAGCGUUUGAUCGUGAGUUGGUGGGACCUGCUUUGCUGCCAUCUUUCAGGUUGGCAAAAGAAGGAAAGUUCAGGUGGGAAACUGUGGAGGAUAUAUGGACCGGUAUGUGUGUUAAGGUCGUAUGUGAUCACUUAGGAUAUGGUGUGAAAACUGGGCUUCCAUACGUGUGGAGGAAAGAAAGAGGCGAUGCCAUAGAGAGUUUGAAGAAAGAGUGGGAGGGGGUGAAGCUGAUGGAAGAAGUUGUUCCAUUCUUUCAAUCAAUGAGAUUGACUCCGGCUGCAAAAACGGCAGAAGAUUGUGUGAUUGAGAUUGCAGCAGCCGUGAAGGAGCAGCUGGGGCGAAUAGAUCCUGUGUUCACCCGUGCAGCUGAUUCCAUGGUCGAGUGGGUGCAGCUCUGGAAGACAGUCAAAACCCAAGCGUAAUCUAGUCUUGCUUGGUGAAGUUUCAUAUUAUUUAUUUACUUCCAGUAUCCUUAAAAGGCAUGUACAUUUAUUCCAGACGGUUCUCCUUAAACUGAUGCAUAAUAUAGACAAGUUUCAAAUGUUACCUAGGCUGACCAAGAUUUGAAAAUAAUGUUUUCUUGGUUUACAUUCUGGCUCUCUUAAUGCUUGGUUCAUUUUAUGUGAGACUCAACAGGAAAGGGGAAAUAAACGGUGUAAUGCUUGCUGCUUC